AGACGGAGGUGCAUCAUAGCUUGCGAGCGCCUUGUCCAGCAUCAAUUCCGACCCGCGAGCAUCAGCAGAUUCCAUCUGGACAAGCCGUCACGAUGUCGACCGACGAUCUCAGCGCCCAUCUGGCCGACUCUGGCGUCACCAUGCGGUCGGACAGCGAGCAGUACUCCCCAGGCAACGAAUCGUCACCAUCGUCAUCAAACUCGCCCGUCAUCCUGUACAAUCCGCCGACAGCCUGGUCGCUGAUACGGAGCGCGGCCAUCAACUUGGUGCUGCCAUUUAUCAACGGCAUGAUGCUGGGAUUUGGCGAGCUGUUUGCUCAUGAAUUCGCAUUCAGACUAGGAUGGGGCGGCACAAAGGUCUUCCCUCUAUCUCGAAGACGAGCUCACGCCAUUGGCCCCGGUAUUGAAGUCCGCGAGCGACGAGAGCGACCUGGACCUUCACUAGAGGAUAUUGCAAGCUUGGAAUGAGAAAAGGAGCAUUUAUUAAAGAAGAAACCAUGUAUAUGAAUCAAUCAUGUCUAAAUACACGUGCAGAUGCAUUAUAAAGACUGCGACAUCCAUCUUUGCACUUUCAGACUAUCAGCUUAGCAGCGGGUAGCGCUAUAAAGCUACUCAGGCAAUAAUAUCGCUGCAAAAUGAACCAGCAAUUUACACAAAAGACUGCCAACUACGUCGUUGAAACCACCAAUUCAUCCCGUU